AUGGCUACAGCCAGUUAUGGAUACUACAGAGGGACUAUAUUUCUGGCCAUGUUCGUGGGCUACACGCUGUACUACUUUAACAGAAAGACUUUCUCCUUUGUCAUGCCUUCAGUCAUGCAAGAAAUCACGCUAGAUAAAGAUGACCUGGGCAUGAUCACCAGCAGUCAGUCUCUGGCCUACGCUAUCAGUAAGUUCAUCAGCGGCGUGCUGUCGGACCAGAUCAGCGCCCGCUGGCUCUUCUCCAUUGGCCUGUCUCUGGUGGGAGGCAUCAACGUGGUCUUCUCCUGGUCCUCCAGCGUGGCCGUCUUCUCUGCCCUGUGGUUUCUUAACGGUAUCGGCCAGGGUCUGGGCUGGCCCCCCUGUGCCCGGAUCCUGCGCAAGUGGUUCGAGCCCUCUAACUUCGGGACGUGGUGGGCCGUCCUCUCCUGCAGCAUGAACCUGGCGGGCAGUUUGGGUCCGAUUGUUGCCACGGUGCUGUCCCAGAGCUACAGCUGGAGGACCAUCCUGUCCACCUCCGGGCUCCUCUGCGUGGUCGUCUCGGUUGUCUGCUUGCUCGUAAUCAAAAAUGAACCCAAAGACGUGGGGCUGCCCAACAUCGAGGCAGCAGCCAAGAAGAGCAAAGGAGGAUCCUCCAGCAGUGAGAGCACCCUGUCAGAGUUCCUGCUGUCGCCCUACCUGUGGCUCUUCUCCUUCGCCUACCUCGUUGUGUUUGGGGUGAAGUCGGCCUGCACCGACUGGGGCCAGCUGUUUCUCAUUCAGGACAAGGGCCAGUCCAAGCUCAUGGGCAGCUCAUACAUGAGCGCGCUGGAGGUGGGAGGCUUGCUGGGCAGUCUGGCUGCAGGGUAUUUCACUGACAAGGCCGUGGCAAGACAAGGACUGAAAGUCUACGGCAAUCCUCGCCAUUUCACCCUGAUCUCCAUGAUGGCGGGCAUGUUUGUGUCCAUGUACCUCUUCAGAGUCACAGUCACUCCCGACAGCCCGAAGGUUUGGAUCCUCGCCCUGGGUGCUGUUUUUGGCUUCUCUUCUUAUGGACCAAUAGCGUUGUUUGGAGUAAUAGCCAAUGAGAGCGCCCCGUCCAACUACUGCGGGACGUCACACGCCAUCGCUGGACUGAUGGCCAACAUUGGCGGAUUCCUCUCUGGACUGCCCUUCAGCACCAUCGCCAAGCACUACGGCUGGGAAACGGCCUUCUGGGUGGCAGAGGUCAUCUGCCUCGUCACCACAGUCGGAUUCUUCCUGCUGCGCAACAUCCAGACCAAGAUGGGACACGUGCACAAGAAGGCGGACUAA